CGUCCACCACGCCGUAGCCAGUUUUCUUCGUUAUUUCGUUGCGCUCGUGGUUGGUAGCGGUCGUCGUUGUCGUUUGUUGAUCGCGUGAAUGCGUGAUGCAGUGAUGGGGCACGCGGCUAAGUGAAGAUGCGAUAUGCGCGCGGUCCUCGUGCCCGUCUGUCUGCUGCUCGUGUCCCCGAUUUCCACCACGUCCUGGACCUCAAGCAGCGAAUUAGUACUCAACCCGAAGCAAAUGUGUAAAAAGGCGCGCAGGUCCCGAUCAAAAAUGGCCGACAUUUGCAACAACAAACCGGGAUUGGUGCAGCACGUCCAGAGCGGGGUGGGACUUGCGCAGGCGGAGUGCCAGUACCAAUUCCGGCACCGGCGCUGGAACUGCACCAGCGCCAAGAAAAGUAUUAAAAAGGUGAUGCUUAGAGAUACGAGAGAGACUGGCUUCGUAAAUGCCAUUAUAGCCGCUGGGAUAACUUAUCAAGUAACGCGUGCUUGUACAAAGGGAGAACAAAUCGGUUGUUCAUGUGAUAAAUCUAGGAAUAAGAGAAAAAAUAAAAAAAAGAAAACAAUGAACGUGCCCGAAGGGGAUUGGGCGUGGGAUGGCUGUGGGGAGAACAUAGAGUACGGAAUCAAAAGGUCCAAGGACUUCUUGGACACGCGAUACAAGAAGAAGAGUGACAUGAAAACCUUAGUUAAGCUACACAAUUACGUCGCGGGACGAUUGGCGAUCAAAAACUACAUGCACAAAGAAUGUAAAUGCCACGGUCUGUCCGGUUCUUGUACCCUUAAGACCUGCAUGCGAAAAAUGCCCAGUUUCCGGGAAAUUGGAAACCGACUAAAACAACGUUUCGACGGUGCUGCCAAAGUGAUUCCUGGUAACGAUGGGAAAAGUUUCAUUCCAGAAGGGGACACGAUUAAGCCGCCGAGCAAGGCGGAUCUGGUCUACUCGGAGGAAUCGUCGAAUUUCUGUAACCCGAAUAACACCCUGGGUAGUUUCGGGACGCAGGGGAGAGUUUGUAACGAGACUUCCCCAGGAGAAGACGGCUGCGGGAUCCUGUGUUGCGGCAGGAAGUCGCAGAGUUUCACCAAGGUGGUGCAGAAGAACUGUCAGUGCGAGUUUCAUUUUUGUUGUGAUGUGAAAUGUAAAGUUUGUAACGAGACGGUGCGGUAUAGCGUUUGUCAAUAGUUUGUGAUUCCUUUUUUGUCAUUUUCUUUUGUAUAUAGUUGUAAUUUAUCGUAUUUGUCAUUGGAUGUGAUCUUUUUCGGUUACUAAUAAAGCUUGUACAUACUA